UGAACCACUGAGAUUGAUAGAUGGUGGGUGGAAAAGGUUGCACCUGCAAACCUUUAGCCAAAGUAAAAGGUGACGUCAAGAUAGAAUUGAUUCAUGAAUAUUAGGUUUUUCUCAUUCGGUACCUGUUACCUUUUCUAUCUACUUGAAUAACAUUUUGUCUUAAUGUGCCUUUAAAUUUUUCUUAGAGGGACUGUUUAUUAAAAUAUUUCCUUUAAGCACUAGAGCAAAGCUGAUUCAUGCCAUAAACAAAUCAAAAUUACUUCCGAGGAGCAUCUGAUUGUUAGGAAUUCAUCCUCAUAAAUUCUUUGUCAAUUGUUUCAACAUAGUCUCAACGUCAAAAAAAAUUUUUCUACAUCUGGCAACAUGGCCACAUCUCAGUUUUGCUUUUUCUUCAUUUAUUCUGGUUUUUGAUAUGAUUUACAAAACACUGACAGGGGUCAAAGUGGCAGUAACAGUACGCAGAAUUAAGAGCCAGGCCCUGCUGCUAAAUUAUCAAGCAUGGAACCAGCCUCUGGUAAAUAGGGCUUUCUCAAAUACAGUCUUCCGGAAUUCUUUUCAGGUGCAUCUCCUUCAAGUAAAGUGCCUUAUUCAAAAUCUAGCUAUUUUGCCUUCCUCUGGGUUUCCUAGCUCCUACCAUCAUCAUUCAUUGUUCUCCACAGGGCCUUGCUCCCACCUGUACUCACCUGUCUCUAACACCCUACCUCUGAGACAGAACACCCCAUCUGCUAUGCAUUCCUGGAAACAGGCAUCUCUGCCCAUUGCUCGUGUCUGUUGCUAGUGCGUAAUACUGGUAGAAACAAGAGGUGAUAACUCUAGCAAGAUGAUAACUAUAACAUUCUUCUAAUCAUAAAAUUUUAAUCUAAAAAUUACUCCUGAAUGGACCAAAGCAUGAGUAUAUAAGUAAAUUUUAUGUGAAUGUACAUAUAAUUUAAAUUCCAUCCAGUUCAUCAAAAGUACAUAUUUUGUUCCAGGAGUGACAUGACCCAAGGGUGAAUGGUUGUGGGGACGCGGGGGACGGGGAAUAUUAUCUCCAUUGGUUUUCAUUAGUGUUCUCCCCUCCCCCACUCUUUUAUGUGGAAAAAUUACAUUUUCUUUCAUCUAAUUUAAAGUUGCCAUAAAGACAGGUCAGAGCAAAUGUCCUCCUUUCCCAUCAGACUGUCUUUUUUAAACUCUUCUUCUGUGGAAAUUCUGGAGGUGCCAUGAUCUGAGUGUUGUAGGGGAAACAGACAGAUGUUUACAGUUAAGUGUGAAGAGUAAAAGAGCCUAACUCAAAUGUAAGGUACAAAUAUAAGAUAUACAUUUUCCCCCUACAUUUUACCAUCUAUGAAAAAGGUCUUAUCAAUGGCCUCUUCCUGUUAAUUGGCAACGUUUUUCUUUCCUUGUGACGUAUUAAACAAUACUGAAUUUUCAACAGAUGGUGACUUAGGUCUGGUGACAUGGUCACAGUGUAAAAGAUACUGAGGCAACUGAGAGAGGAAGGGGAUUCAUCAGGUAGUAGUCACAGAUGGUUUCCAGGAAGAAUAACUGAGCUGGGUUUUGAAGAAGGAGGAGGAUUUUUCCAAUAUAGAAGGGAAGGACAUUCUAAGCUUAGCAAAGAGCAAGUCAGAGGAGAUGUGAGGUGACUUGGCAUGUGUGAGGACCAGCAAGUCGUUUGGCAUUGCUGCGGAGUAACGUGGAGCUGUAGGGAAUGCACGGAGAGAGGAAACUGGAAAUGAGGGCACAAACCAGGUCAUGGAGAACCUUGGGGUGUCAUGUGGGAGUUUGGCCCUUCCUCUUAGGCAGUGAAAAUACAUGUUAGCAGUUUGAUGCAAUGGAAUUAGAUGACUUUGUUUGUUUUAGAGUGAUAAUUCUGGAAGUCGGGGUUUAUAUAGACUGGAAGAGGAAGAUGCUGGGAGUAUAGCAAGUUAAAAGGCUUUUGGGGGUAGUGCAAUGAGCUGUCACCUAAGGAAUCAAGGUGGUGACAGAGUGGGGAGGAAGACAAGACCUAUAUAAGAACCAUUUAAGAACUAGAACCUAUAGGAGUUUGUGAUUAUUUGGCUCUUCAGGGUGAAGAAGGAAGGGUCUAGAAUGAGCCUAGUGAUAUCAGCAAGAUAUCACCAAGAUAAACUCUACAGGAGUAAAUCAGGGGUAAUGGAGGAAGGAGGAAUAAAAUGGGGUAAAUUGCAAUUCAGUGUGGGCUUACUUGAGGUUUAAAGUACUUGUGAAUCAUUUAGGUGUGUAGUUCAAGUUCUGAAGGUCAGGAAUGGGGUGAAGUAUGAACGAGAUAGAGAUUUAAUAGUAAGUAGCUUAUGAACAGCUGUAAAGCCUUUGAGAGAUGGUGCUAUCUCAGGGUGAAGCUAUAGGGUGAGGAAAGAGUAGAGCCAAGUGGGGAAUCUUGGGGACACUGCUAUUUAAGGACGGAGGAAGAGCUGAUAAAGAUACUAAGGGGACUGAGCAGAGCAGGGAGGACGGAGGAACAGGAGAUGGUCACAGGAGCCAGCGGAAGAAUGAGGAAUGUCAGUACCAUCAAAUUCAAGGCAGGGAUCAGCAAGAAGUUGCAUAAAAUAAGGAUGACCUCUGCUAAAAAGAGUGUCAGUGGGGCAGGGUUUGUGGAAGGUUGAUUUUAAUAGAUGGAAAGGUGCCUGCUUGAGAAGUGAGAAGAGUGGAGAUGGUGAUCUUCCAGGAAGCUGGCUGAGAACAGAAGACAGUAGCAAGAGAAGCUCAUAGCCAAACCGAAAAGCGGAGGAGAGAUAAAAUGAAUAACCUGAUUGAAGAACUAUCUGCAAUGAUCCCUCAGUGCAAUCCCAUGGCACGUAAACUGGAUAAACUUACAGUGUUAAGAAUGGCUGUCCAACACCUGAAAUCUUUAAAAGGUAUGACAAAUUCUUAUGCAGGAGAUAAUUAUAGACCUUCAUUUAUUCAGGAUAAUGAGCUCAGACAUUUAAUCCUUAAGACUGCAGAAGGCUUCCUAUUUGUGGUUGGAUGUGAGAGAGGAAAAAUUCUCUUCGUUUCUAAAUCAGUCUCCAAAAUACUUAAUUAUGAUCAGGCUAGCUUGACUGGACAAAGCUUAUUUGACUUCUUACAUCCAAAAGAUGUUGCCAAAGUAAAGGAGCAACUUUCUUCUUCUGAUAUUUCACCGAGAGAGAAGCUGAUCGAUGCCAAAACUGGUUUGCAAGUUCACAGGAAUUUCCACAGUGGAAGGACUCAUGUGUAUUCUGGCUCAAGGCGAUCCUUUUUUUGUCGGAUGAAGAGUUGUAAAAUCUCUGUCAAAGAAGAGCGUGAAUGCUUAUCCACCUCAAAGAAGAAAGAUCAUAGAAAAUUCUGUACUAUCCACUGCACUGGUUACUUGAGAAGCUGGCCUCCACAUGUUGUUGGAAUGGAAGAAGAAAGGGACAAUAAGAAAGACAGUAGUAAUUUUAACUGCCUUGUUGCCAUUGGAAGAUUACAUCCAUAUAUUGUCCCACAGAACAGUGGAGAGAUUAAAGUGAAACCAACUGAAUUUAUAACCCGGUUUGCAAUGAAUGGAAAAUUUGUCUAUGUGGACCAAAGGGCAACAGCAAUUUUAGGAUAUCUGCCUCAGGAACUUUUGGGAACUUCUUGUUAUGAAUAUUUUCAUCAAGAUGACCAUAGUAAUUUGACUGACAAGCACAAAGCAGUUCUACAGAGUAAAGAGAAAAUAUUUACAGAUUCAUACAAGUUCAGAAAGAAAGAUGGCUCUUUUGUAACUUUAAAAAGCCAGUGGUUUAGUUUCACAAAUCCUUGGACCAAAGAACUGGAGUAUAUUGUGUCUGUCAACACUUUAGUUUUGGGACAUAGUGAGAUGAGAGAAGUGUCAUUACUUCCUUGUAGCUCUCAAUCAUCAGAAGAAUCCUCUAAACAGUCUUGUAUUAGUGUGCCUGGAAUGUCUACAGGAAUAGUACUUGGUGCUGGGAGUAUUGGAACAGAUAUUGUAAAUGAAGUCCUGGAUUUACAAAGGUUACAGUCUUCUUCCUCCCUUGAUGACUCAAGUCCAACAGAUUUAAUGAAAGAUUCUCAUGCUAUCAACUGCAGGAAAGCAUCAAAAAAGGAGUCGAUUCCACUAAAUCCUUCUGAACUAGGCAAGCCAGAGGCUACGAGGCAAAACCAGAGUGCUGUUCCUCCCCAUAGUCAUGAGCCACUCCUUGGCGAAGAUGCCCAGCUGGAUUUUGAUGCCCUGUACGAUGAAGACACAGCCAUGGCUGCCUUCAUGAAUUACUUUGAAGCAGAGGGGGGCCUGGGAGACCCUGGGGACCUCAGUGACAUACACUGGACACUCUAGCAUUUGAUUUUUAAUUCUUACAAGUUAGGAACGUGUUAAAGUAUUUCAUUGACAAAAAAAAAAAACCAACUAUGGUCUUCUGUACUGUAUUGAUGCUGUUUUGUCUUUUAUUCCUAUUAAUAGUCUACCAGUUGUUAUAGAUGUGCACCUUACUUCCACAGCAGUAGGGGGAGAUGUGAUGUUUCCCUUCACAAAGAAUGGCUCAGAGUUUCCUACAGACCCCUUUUCUCAGUGACAUGGCAUAAAACCCACCAGUUGCUAUCUUUUUGUUAAAAUAUUUCUCACCAAGGAUAUCACAUAUAUCUUGUUUUGGUUUUAUUUUCUGAUGCAGUUCUUGAGUGUGGGGAAUUUAAUAUGUUGACAUUUUCCUGUGUCUAAGAUUCAUUUAUAAUGGAUUUAUAAUAGUGGAUUUGUAGAAGUUGGAGGAUCUCUGUUUCUUGUACAUUUCCUCAAUUGAGGAUAGGGCUUACACACUUUAAGAAAACUCUGAGCACUUGAACAUUUAAAGAGAUGGUACAGUUGGUAGUCAUAAUUGCAGUGAAUCCUGUAUUCAGUCAUUGUAAACUUGGGCAAGCGUAAAGCCAGGAUAGUUAGUUUGGUCAAGCACUUGAGAUGGGCUUUAAGUGAGAGGAUUUAUUUAAAACUCAGGAAAAAAAAUUUUUUUAAGGGACUUUCGACUUGGCUUUACAGAAAAGGAAAGAUCUUGGGCCCUAGAUCUUGGUAAUUAUCCUUUGCAUGUAAGAAUUCUUGCUAAUAUAGCCAAUCAAGAUUUUCAUUACAUAUACAACCAGUUGUUGGUACAGAAAAUGUGCUUAGUGAAAGAUUAGCCCUGGAGGAAAAAACAAGCGCAGGCAGGUUAAACGUCUUGUGUAAGUCACAGUUAAAUUCAUAUUUUUAAAAUGUUUAAUGUGUAUAAAUCCGUUUCCUUAUACACAUUUGGGAAAGCAAUGGUCUCACUGGUUAAAUGAUUAGUUAACUGACCCAGGAACUAGUUGUGGCCUUUUAGAAUAGGCAAUUACAGUUACUGUUGCCUGUAACCAAAGGUAAUUAUACAAACGCUAAGUAUAGUUUUGAAACUGAGGCAAUAAGAAAGAAUUUAAAAACCAAUUUUCUAGCUAUGAUUACAAAUUUGGAGAUCAGUUUUUUAACUAAUAAUUGAGAGGUGGAUUAUACUGAGCACAAGAAGAAUAUUUAAAAUCGUAUACGUAUGUCGACCUUGUUGAAGGUCAGACUUUCAUAAUACCGUAUGUUUUCAUAGUUCUUUCUAGUUUACCAAGUGUGUUUUCAUCUGUUUUCUUUUGUGCCCCACAAAUGAAAGUACAAUAGGCUAGGAAGCUAAUGGGGAAGCCGGAGGCUCAGCUGUGGAGGAUCCAAUGCAGUUCUCUUCCUCUAUGUGGUGCUACACUCCAGCAGAUAUCUUUCCAAGCCUUGCCCCAAAACAAAGCAUUAUUUUGACCUUGCAUAUUUCUGUAGGCUGUACGUAAUAGGUUAGAACUUUUGUCAAACAGGUUAAUGGCAAACAUACCCACAGGCAAUAGUCCAAAAGCACACAUUCCGUUCAGGUGGGACUCCUGCAGUAGCUACAUGGGGAAGGAUGUAUUGGCACGUUGUCCUCCAGCUGAUACAGGGUUCCCGCGAUAUUGGAGGGUCAGCACCACUCCCAGUUCUGGGACUGAGGUACAUGCAGGUUUACAAUAAGCCAGAGAAACCCUACAAGAUGGGGGAGAUUGGUUUGCAGCAGGCUAAGCAUGAUACUUUUAAGUUUGAAGAAGCAGGAACGAUCAUAUCUGUUCUGUAAGUCCAAGGCGUACCAAUGUAACAGUUUAGUGUCUAAACCAUUGUGGGUUGGGCUUGGCCUCCAGAGUUGACCUAAGCCAGGGGUGGCAAGAUGAGUCACUGUGGAUGGAUGGCCUUGAAAGCAGAGGGGUAAACCCUCCUGAUCCAAGGAUCUGGGAGGCAGAGUUUCUAGAGGCCAUCGAUGCCACGCACAGAAGCAGUUUUUUCUCUUUGCAAGAGGAAGGGUUAGUCAGUCCAUAGGCCGGUGGGCAGAUAGCCAAUUGAAGGCUUUGAUCCUUGAAUAACCCACUCGAGUAUUUUUCUGUAGAUCUUGUCUGGACCCAGAAUCCAAUCCAUGCAAUGUAGGAUAACUGUAGCUGUCCCAUGUUUAGUGUUUUCUCCAAAGUGUGUUGCAUUUAUGCUGAAUUGCUGUUAGGAGUGACAGAUAUUUUUAUGGCUUACCCUAUAUUACUUUUUCUCCUACCCAUUAAU